AUGACUUACGACAGACUCCCGCCGGGAACGCAGAGGAUCGAGGACAGGACCGGACAGAAGAUUCUACUGGCACCCCAACCAAAUGCGGAUCCCAAUCAGCCAUUGAACUGGUCGGCAUUCCGCAAGUCUCUGCAUAUGACCAUUUUAUGCCUUUAUGCGUUGAUGGUGUUUGCAAUCCUCUGCGUCGCCGUGCCGCUCUGGCAAGACUUCAACACCGAGCUUGGUAUGAGUUAUGCUGUUCUGAAUGACGGCUACGCAACAAACAUGGCUACGCUAUCCGUUGGAUGUAUUAUCUUUGUGCCCAUUGCUCUUCGAAUCGGUCGAAGGCCAGUCUACAUUGUCACGGCACUGGUCAUGCUUGCUGCCGCUGUGUGGCAAGCGAGGAUGUUUACUGUUGGGGAUAUGAUUGGAUCGAAUGCUAUAUCUGGUCUUGCUGGGGCUGUAAAUGAGGCCAUCUUCCAGGUCACCGUUUCGGAUCUCUUCUUCGUGCAUCAGCGUGGAACAAUGAACGGGAUAUACCUCAUUGUUGUCAUCAUCGGCAAUUAUCUAGGGCCAGUUGCCGCUGGUUAUGUCGCCGUCUCACAGGAUUGGAGAUGGGUCUUCUGGUAUUGCACCAUCUUCAUGGCCGUGGUGACUCUGGCCAUGAUCUUCUUCCUCGAAGAGACCAAAUACACUCCGCUGGUGUUGAACGGUCGGGAAGUUGUCGUCUCCACUUCCACGGAGCAGCAGGACAACCUCACCAAAGUGAGCAGCACCAGUAAAGGCAACGCUCGUGGCUCUAUCUCCGUUGAUUCUACCGACGCCGCCAAUAACGAACGUCGCCGCCUGGUUGACAUCGACACAUCCAUCCCCAUGAACUCAUACUGGAAACGUCACUCCCUGUGGUCACUGGACAAGCAAGCAAGCACUGAACAGCGCAGCCUGGUGAUGCACUUCUACCAACCUUUCCAGAUCUUGGUCACAUUUCCCGCAGUCAUGUUCACGGCGCUGCAGUAUGGAUUUUGUAUUGCCAUGUUGGCGAUCCUGGCCGUGACGCAGGCGACGCUGUAUCCUUUCCCGCCGUAUAAUUUUACUCCGAUCGGAGUCGGAAAUAUGAACUUGCCACCAGCCAUCGGAGCUAUUCUGGGCUCCCUCUUUGGCGGUCCUCUGAACGACUACUUCAUUCUCCAGAUUGCGAAGCGACGAGGCGGCAUCUACGAGCCCGAAACUCGACUUUGGCUGUUCCUCGUACCGGGCUUUUGCAUGCCAAUCGGAUUGUUUAUGUAUGGGUUGACCAUCUCCAAGGGAAUGGCCUGGCCCGUCAACGCUGUAGGAGCUGGAUUUAUCGGAGCUGCGAUCGGAGGAUGCGGUGAUAUUUCUCUGACGUACUGUCAGGACUGUUACCAAUAUAUCCUCGGUGACGCACUCACCUCCGUGGUCUUUGUGCGCAACAUCAUCUCUACCGCCCUCGUCUUCGCAAUCACACCCUGGAUGACCAACAUGGGCGUGUAUAACAUGUUCGUUUUGCUGGGCUGUCUUGGUGUCGCUGUGGCUUUAACCUGUGUGCCUUUGAUUAUCUGGGGCCGCACAUGGAGGGCGAAACUGGCUGGACGGUAUGAGUAUUUCGCUGCGAAGCAAUACUGA